UGUUUUUUAUUUCCCGUAGAGGUGUUAUCAUUCAUGAGAUUUUAUUUAUUAGUUGAGGCGAUUGAUUCGCUUCUAUAUACAAAGUGUAUACGGUGAAUUCACUGCUUUUGUAACGUGUGGUCUGUAAGGUGUUUAAUUUCUGAGACAAAAACAUAUUUAAGAAGCAUAGUGUGAGUGUAAACCGUUGUAAAAAUGCGUUUCUCAAACAAAACUACGACGGGUUCAUCGCUCUCGGCAAGCAGUCUCCCCGAUCCUAGGAAGGCUCUAGCCAUGGCCCUCCACGGCGCCCCCGCUCCCAAAACCUACAAUGACCCUUGCCAAAGAAACCACCACCCUAACGGCAACGGAUGUGCUGGUGAUCAACACGAUUAUUCUGCAGCCUGUCCAAGCAAGAACGGCAGUGGUGGCCACAACAAUAAACAAGAUCUUGGUGCAAAUAACUAUCCUAGUGGUAACAGCAAUGGUACGCAUAGUAAUGGUCGACAUGCAGAGCACACCCGACCUAGUGACCACAGAGCUUCCGGCGACCAAGUACCUCUUGCCAAGAAGUCGUGGAGCGAGUCGAAAUUAGGCGGAAUUUUUAGUGCUAUCGUGGAUGACAGGAAGACAGUCCGCAAGAAGAACGACUUCCAUGUUGUGCCAGAUGGCCGUACUAAGAUGUACCACUGGCAGAACGAAAAUGUGGGCGCCAACAAGGGCGGUAAGAAGAGCAGCGUGGACGACAUGGUGCUGCUCACCAAGAUCAACGAGGACGCCAUCACUGACAACAUCAAGCGUCGCUUCAUGGACGAUAUUAUCUACACGUACAUCGGGCCGGUGCUGGUGGCGGUGAACCCGUUCAAGCAGCUCGGAUGUUUCACGGAGCGCGAAGUGCGACUUUACCAGGGCGCCGCGCAGUACGAAGUCCCGCCCCAUAUAUUCGCGCUCGCUGACAACAUGUACCGCAACAUGCUUAUUGAUGGUGACAGCCAGUGCGUCAUUAUCAGUGGCGAGUCAGGAGCAGGCAAGACGGUGUCAGCAAAGUUCAUCAUGCAGUACAUGACGCAGAUCAGCGGGGGCGGCGCGCGUCUCCAGCACGUCAAGAACAUCAUCCUGAGCUCCAACCCGCUGCUUGAAGCCUUCGGCAACGCCAAGACUACGCGCAAUAAUAACUCAUCCAGAUUUGGCAAGUACAUCGAAAUCCAGUUCUCGCCGGGCGGGGAGCCGCUGGGCGGUAAGGUGUCCAACUUCCUGCUGGAGAAGUCGCGCGUGCAUUUCCUCAACCCCCACGAGCGAAACUUCCACAUAUUUUACCAGUACAGACACAUUAAAACUAAUAAAAAUGUUUUCCGCGCUCGAAUCCCGGAGCGUAUCACUUUUAUAACGGANGUGGACGGCGUCGACGACGACGCAGACUUCAGAGAGACCAUCAGUGCUAUGGAGGUGAUGGGCCUGCACCCUGAGCAGCGCAUGGACAUCCUACGCGUGGUGGCCGCCAUCCUACACAUGAGCAACAUAUCCUUCGUGGAGGAGGGCAACAACGCUCAGGUCAUGGAGCCUAACUACCUGGAGUUCCCGGCAUACCUGCUCGGCAUCGACGCAGGGCUGCUGUGCCAGAAGCUCAUCAGCCGCAACAUGGACAGCGUGUGGGGCGGCAGGACGGAGCGUGUCGAGGUCACGUUUAACCAGGAGAAGGCGCAGUUCGCCAGGGACGCCUGGGCCAAGGGGCUAUAUGCCAGACUCUUCGAGUUCAUCGUCGCCGUGGUGAACAAAGCCAUGGCCACGGAAGCGAAGGAUCUGAACAUCGGCAUCCUGGACAUCUAUGGCUUUGAGAUCUUCGACCGCAACGGCUUCGAACAAUUCUGCAUCAACUACGUCAACGAGAAGCUGCAGCAGAUCUUCAUCGAGCUCACGCUUAAGAGCGAGCAGGAGGAAUACGCCUCAGAGGGCAUCACGUGGAAGCCCAUCGACUACUUCAACAACGCGGUGGUGUGUGAGCUGAUCGAGGCCAAGCGUCCCGUGGGCAUCAUGUGUGUCCUGGACGACACGUGCGCCACCAUGUCCGCCGUGUCGCAGGGCGCCGAUAGCGACUUCAGGAACAAGAUGGACUCACAGUUGCGGACGAACCCUCACUACUCCGCCUUCAAGGACGGCUUCACCAUCAAGCACUACGCGGGCUCUGUGUCCUACCACGUCGAGGGAUUCUGUGAGAAGAACAGAGAUGUUCUCAACGUCGACAUUAUCGAGGCGAUGCAGACGAGCAGCAACGCGUUCAUCCGAAGCCUGUUCCCUGAGAACGUGUCAGAGAUGAGCCGCAGCCGCCCCACCACCGUGGGCAGCAAGAUCAAGACGCAGGCCAACGCCCUAGUGGGCACCCUCAUGCAGUGUGUGCCACACUACAUACGAUGCAUCAAACCCAACGAGACCAAGAAACCCAGGGACUGGGAUCACGACAGAGUCAGGCAUCAGGUGGAAUAUCUCGGCCUGAAGGAGAACAUCAAAGUUAAGCGCGCAGGGUUCGCCUACCGCCGCCCCUUCCAGAAGUUCCUGGCGCGCUACGCCAUCCUGACGAAGGAGACGUGGCCGCACUGGGGUGGUGCCCCCCACGAGGGCAUCUCCAUCAUCAUGCGUCAUGUUAACAUGGACCACACGCAGUACCAGCUCGGCAAGACCAAGCUCUUCAUAAAGGACCCCGAGUCGCUGUAUAUGCUGGAGGAGUCGCGGGAGCGAAAGUUCGACCACUACGCGCGCGUCAUCCAAGCUGCCUUCAAAAAACAUUUCAGCAAGAAGCGGCAGCAGUGCGAGAAGGAGGCGGCCGCGGCGAUGCUGCAGGGGGAGAAGGAGCGGCGCCGCUGCAGCCUCAACAGGAACCACUACGGGGACUACCUGGGGGUGCUGCUCAAGCCUGGCCUGUGCUUCCUGCUGCAGGUUUUGUUUUCGUUGACGGUGGACAAGUUCGACCGCAAGUUCCGGGCGCAGAAGCGCGACAUGAUCGUCACGGAGAACACCAUGUGGCUCAUAGGGCGCGAGAAAGCCAAAGCCGGGCCCUACAAGGGACAGUUCAUCGAGGCCGUCAAACGACAGAUUCCUCUUCAGAAAAUUACUGAGAUCGAGUUGUCCUGCUGCCAGGACGACCUGCUGCUGCUGCAUGUCACGGACGACUACUCGUCGCUGCUGCAGGUGCCACUCAAGACCGAGCUGCUGCUGGUGCUGUCCCGCGCCCUGACUGCCUUAGGCCACUCCCAGCUCCGGGUCUCCUUCUCCAACAGCCUGAGCUACAACGUGCGCAAGACAGGCUGGGGCGGUGGAGGCACCCGAAAAAUUGUCUUCAACAACAGCGGUGCGGGCGAACAGUGUGAACUGAAGAGCAAUCUGGCCACGUCCACUCUUACCGUAUCCAUUGCCAAAGGCCUUCCCCCUAACUCCAAACCUUCCGUUGCUCUUGUGGACCCGGAAGUACGAGUGCUCGCCGCGCGCUUUAGGGAAAGCCAGCCUCGAAGAAGUGUUCCCAAUACGCGUGUUAGCAAUAACUCUAAUGCCGUACAUUCCAAGCCUCCUUCGUUCAACAAUAGGCCCACAACCAAUAAUAAUAACAACAACAUUCACUCCAAAGCGCCGACAUACAGCACUAACAACAACAAGUUCCAACCACAAGUUCCCAAUAACAAUUCUGUGAGUAACCAGUCUAAAGUUUCUAGUCAGCGGGAGACAAGUACCGCAAAGGCCUCAGCCGGAGGUUUUAGAAUGCCGACUCUAACACCCGUGGCUAACCGUGGUGGUUCUCAACCGGGCGGCAACCGACCCCCGCCUCCCGAAGGUCCUGCCCCUGAAAACCAACCGUCCAUUGCCCCAAGGGCGCGCCCCGCCCAACCUCUCAAACCUAAGCCUGUCAUCCCCAAAGUCAAGGCUCUGUACGACUACGACGCCCGAGACACGGACGAGCUUUCCUUCAAGGCGGGCGAUGUGCUGGACCUCGUCAAAAUAGACCCCACAGGAUGGUGGACGUGUCGAUACAAAGGGAAGGAAGGCUUCGCGCCCGGAAACUAUGUUGAAAAAAUAUGAAAUUCUAACCUAAUUACUUAGUUAAAAUUAAGCAAAUUACCCUAUAAUUCAGCCUAGACAUUUUAUAAGUGAGACCCUUAGCUCGUGUCUCGAUUUUUAUUUCAGCUUCUGUGACUUGGUUUAAGUUUUUUUACAAACUUUAAUAGCUUUCCAUGUACAAAGUUUAAUGCAUUAGGAGUGGUCUAUGAUGGUUGAUUUCUAGUGUAAAUGGUUGAUUCCUGGUGUAAAUUCCAGUUGAAACACAAGAUUGUGGGAGAAUUUAUUAAAAAUCUUAAGUGAUUGACAGGAAGGCGUCCUACGAACAAACCUAGUCAACCGCUCUCAUGUUCUCUUAGUGAAUGAAGAACUAACAGCGUUUUCUAAUGCCUGCCUUUGUGUAACAUUUUCCGAAUUUUGCUAAAAAAUACUGUUGAAAGUUGUGUAUUUUAUGAAAUUUUUAUGAAAGUUAGUAAUAAAAAGAAACUCCAUUUAAGUGAACUUCAGCCGAACGAUCCCUCGUUGUUAGUUGAAGUUAAACAAAUGCUAGUUAACGCUCUGCUGUAACAGCUUCUGUGAAGUGCUUAACUGAAGUGAAAAGACUGAACUCUGAGAAAAAUGAGUGUGACAUUGUCCUAAUAACGAUGGACUUUCCUGACCCAGUUGGGCCCGGCAAUGGGACGACGUAUCAGUGCUACGUCUACUCUCUACUGUUGGUGUGGGUAAGAAAGCCUGUCAUUAUUUGGGCAACAUGACCCAUGCAUUUUUUUUGGUGCAGUUUUGAACUACAUCGAAUCCUUUCAUUUUCAAUGACCUCUUCUUGUUGAAUCUGUUGUUUGCGAUGCCAGCUUCAUAAUAUUUUCACAUGUCUAAUAAUUUUUGUUAUGUAAUAUUGCUUGGUGUCGCUUAGUCUGUCGGAUGAAAAUUCUCAGAUUACUAAUUGUUUAAUAAUAACAAUGAAGUCACGGAUGAUCGAGACUGGCAAAUUACCGGCAAAUUUACUCUUACAUAUACUAAUGUCGUGGCUUUUCUUCAGAUAUUUUAAAUAUUUUAUUGCUUGAAAGUAAGAACAUAGUUUCGAGGUGAGUUCUUCCAAGCUUCGAUGCCCAUUUGAAGAAAAGAUCUAUUUACUGUGAAAAGUUCACUAAUGUCCUAAAAGCUGUCAAGUUCAUCGCAUUCCUACCUUGAAUUGAUGCGUCAUUUAUUAGUGCUUGAAAUAAAUGUGUCAUGAUUUAU